AUGGCUCUGCUCCGGUCAUGUUGUUGUUGGAAGUCGGUGCGGAAUGGAAGCUUCGCCUCAGCAAUCUACACCUUGGUCUUCUACACCAUCCUGGUGGCUGCUGGGAUGUGUCACAUGAGCAGCGUCCUUCAAUCUUCAGUGCGAUUCACACUCGGGCUGUUCUUGUUAACUUUCUCGGGAUUAAGCGCCAUCUCGUCCAUCGUUCUCCUUGUGGGACUAUUUCUGGAUAAUCGGAUACUCUUGAUACCAUGGCUCACAAUUGUUUCCAUGACGACGCUUUUAGACAUCGUCCUCUCUCUCUACCUCAUUACGGACUUGCCUGUAAAUCCAUUCGUCAUCACCAUGUACAUCAUCGAUUACAUUCUCUGCGCCGUCAAUGUGUAUUGCAUUCUAUGUGUGCUCUCCCAGUACCAGGAGUACAUCGUUGGAUCGAGGAGUACCAUAUUCAGUGACACGCACCCGGGGGGUCUUACACACUACGUGAACGGCUUGGAGCGUCCGAAACCACACCUCAAAGUCACGUCACCCUCGCAGUCCAGCAGUGGUCAGGACCUCACGGUGCAGCUCACUCGAGCACAGCCCGAACUUCUGUUUGUUGAUACCCUGGAGCGGCCCUACUUGGGAGACGACCUUUCAAGUGUACUGCAAGCUUCAAUGGACGAAACGUCACUUCAAGUAUCGGUCGAAGGACGACUCUCUGGAAGAGAGUUUGGCCAAACGGAGAACGUUGACCACCGAGCUACCCCUGGUGAAAACGGUGCGGGCGAACCGCUUUGCCGAGUGAAAGAAUCUCACACCGAAGCAGAACUUCACGUGGAUGGCACAUCAUAGAUACAUCACGCAGCGCUACCUAAAGAUGCCUUACCUGAGAAGGGCACACAGGUACCACUCCGGAAGCCAGAGGCGACAACGUCAUCGCCCGCCUUCUACAUGCUACAGAGAACCGUGUGCUGUCGGAUUUAGUGGGAAUAGCUGUUGUACUUUGGUCCACAAACGCACACCGUGCACCGAGGAAGCAUUCUGUCAAAAGUUGUACGCCUUCGUCGGCGUGCUUUGUCGGAUUCGAGA